CUGCUGGGUCCUCACUACUUGGCUUCACACCUCACCAGAAGAUAGCGGGGUGGGGAUGCGUGCGCAGUAUCAGCCGAUGCGAAUUUGGAUUUACUGGUGAACGGAGGCAUUUAUGGAUAUUUAAUCCCGUUGUAGAAGACGAUGUCGUGUUGUCCAAUACGAGAUACAUUUUAAGGACUGCGGUGACUCCAGACAGCUACCCCCCUGUCUGCCAGCACAAUCUUUGAAGUAGGUGUGAAUGCCAUGGACCAAUAAAGAGAAUCACCUUCUUCAAAAGAAGCUGCCACCUCACUGCUAACAAGGCCAGAAGACCCUGUCAGCCAUGGGGAACCAGUUGACAGAGAUUGCCCCUAACACUCACUUUCUGCCAAACUUCCAAUCCUUGCAUGUGGUGGUCAUCGGCCUUGACGCUGCAGGCAAGACCUCCCUGCUGUAUCGUCUGAAGCUGAGGGAGUUUGUAAAGACCAUCCCCACCAAGGGCUUCAACACAGAGAAGAUCAAGGUAGCUGUGGGCAACUCGCGUGCCAUCACCUUCCAAGUAUGGGAUGUGGGUGGCCAGGAGAAGCUCCGGCCCCUGUGGAAGUCAUACACACGGAGAACAGACGGCUUGGUCUUCGUGGUGGACUCCACCGAGGCAGAGCGCAUGGAGGAGGCCAAGGUGGAGCUACAUAAGAUCACCCGGACUUCAGAGAACCAGGGGGUCCCGGUACUCCUUUUGGCCAACAAGCAGGACUUGCCUAACGCAAUCUUGGUUACAGAGGUGGAGAAAGUACUUGCCGUCCAUGAACUGAGUGCCUCCACCUUACACCACACACAGGGCUGCAGCGCCGUUGAUGGCCAGGGACUGCAGCCCGGCUUAGAGAAACUGUACGAGAUGAUCCUCAAGAGAAAGAAGAUGGUCAGACACAGCAAGAAGAAGAGAUGAAUGGCCUUCUGUAUGCAGGGAUACCUGCAGACUCAAGUUCUUUUUAAACUGUCAAACCCCAGCUAAGGUUCCUUUUAGAGGGAAUUUUCUGCAAGUUGCCAAACAAAGGAAUACUUUCAGAUGGGUCAGGAGAAACUGAAAUUGUCCUAUAUGUGACAUGCCAUAUUGAACCUCUUUCUUCAGUAGCUAGUGUUUUCUGUAUGGCCGUCCUUUGUAUCUAAGGAAUAUGUUAUUGCUCCAAUAGGCUGUAGCAUAAACCGAAGUUAGCCCAGCACCAGUGAAGUCUGACAGACUUGUUUCAUUUUCCUUUCUAAAAAACAGCUGCACUGAGGAUGAUAGCGUAGAGAGAUAAUGAUUUUGCAGAAUCACAAGAUAACAAAAUAAUGCUAAUAAAAUCCCAUGAGCUCAUUGGUUUGAGGCUAAAUGCUAACACUGACAUAUUAUGUGAGUGAACACCAGGGUACUGGUUGUUGUGGUAGGUGUGGACUUACUGUCUGAGGUGAAAUCCCAUCAAAUCACGACUCAACUUACAGUUAUAAUAGUAGACUGUUUUUACAAUCUGUAAAUAUUUUGUAAUGCUUAUGAAUAAAUAAAUUAUUGAAGCCUUUGACACAAGUAUCCCUUAAAUAUUUUUGGGAAGUUUUUUCUAGAUACAGGCACACAGGCAUGCAUAAGUUAAAUGAGGCUAAAAUAAUUGACAUUAGUUUUGAAGGACAGCUUUCUAAUGCUAUGGAUGGGUAAAAAAGAUUGUUGGGUUAUUUGUCUGAAUCAGAAAAUACAUCACAAUGAUAUAGAAAAGCUAACUGAGAGAACACCAAAACAUUAAGACUUAUUUAAAUAAUCACAUUCAAUGCUAUGUUAUAUCUUUGGCAUUCAUGUCAUUUACAUUUAUUUCUGUUUUAAAGUAUAAAGUACUGUGUAUAAUUUCACCAUGCUUCUCAUGCUUCAUGUAUCAAUAUGUAGGUUUCAUGUAUUGCUUAGCAUCUAACAAUAAAGGAAGUAAACAAACA